UUCUGGGCCGUGCUGACCAGGUUGGUCACCCCAGCCACAUGGACAGUGUCCCCACCUCACACACAAACCUGUGCUCAUCCUGCUGCAUGGGGUCACUGUGGCCGUGGAGGUUGUCCUGAGCCCCUAGGGCUUGCCUCCAGGGCAGGGGUGGCAGGUGGGGCCAUGGGGCCAGUGGGGUCAGGAGAAAGCCGAGGUUGGUGGGUGGUUUUUGCUUGUUAGUGCUUUGGGAAGGUAUCGAGGUAGGACCCCGGCCCAGGACCUCAAGCUGGGCUAUCUUUGCAAGUUGCUGGGAGCCUAGUUUGUGGCUCUUGCUGGAGACUGGGCCCCCCUAGCCCCUGAUCAAGUAACGUCUCAUGGGUCCUGGCCCAGCCCAGCCCAGGGCUCCAGACAUGCACUGCACCGUUGAGGACCAAGGUUCUUAGCUCUGCUCAACGCCAGCUCCGGGGUCUAUGGUGAUCCCAGAGUGAACAUGGGCAUGGGCCUGGGAGAAAUCGGGCAGCAGGCUCACGACAUCAGUCUGAGAUGAGGGGCAUGAAGCUGGUGGAAGAAGGGAAGAGCUGAGGGCUCAGAGGCAGGCUGGGCUGGGCUGGGCUGGGCUGGAAACCCUGAUGCUCCUGGAUGGAGCAGGAUGUUCGCCAUGUGGGAGGUGGGAGCUGGCCCGGCAGAAGCACUCGGGGUCAGGGGAGAGCUCGAAGAAGUGGGGCAAGGAAGGAGGGUCCCAGGACCCAGGAGCAGACAGUCCCCACACCCCCACUGCCUGUAUGGGCAAACUGAGGGCCCAGGCUGCUCUGUGCUGUCUCCCUGCAGGGGUUGGGGGGGGCUGCAUGCCUGCAAGACCAAGGGUCCAGCCAGGCCUGGGGAGCGUCUGAGCCUCGUGCGCCCAGACCCAGAGCUGCCUGCUCCCUGCUGUGUGGCAGUGUCCUCGCUGGUGGGACUGGGGGUGCUUGUCCUUCAGGCAUGUCAUCCACAGCUUUAGUGUUGAGAACCCACCCCCACUCCUGGGAGACAGACAAUGACACCCUUGCAGCCCCUCUUCCAGAGGUGCUGUUUGCAGCAGUGAAGGACAGAGGAGCCGUGCGCAGCUCCCAGGGGCUGCAGCCGGCGGGGUCAGGACACGGGGAGAGCUGCGGUGCCCUAGGACUGGCUUCAGUGUGUGGCCUCAGCAUCCCAUGACACAGCCUGGGACCCACGCCCGGUGCCCUCGGGCGAGUCACCAGAGCUCCCAGUCUGUGCAGGGCGGGCUGGACUGGCUGGCGCACAGUAGGUGCACUAUGGGUGUUUGGAGCAGCUUUCGGCUGCAGCUCUCUCCUCCCCCCACCCCACCCACGGGGACCUUGCAGCACCCACAGGCCCUGACUGUGCGCCGAGCCACCCUGCCAGCCCUUCUCAGCCAGCUCCCGUUGCGCUGUCACAGGCCUGUGGGGUUGGGCCCUCAGCGCUGUCUUAGCAGGACGCUGAUUUCUGUUUUUCUGCAGCCAAAUCACAGCAAAGGCACUUGUUACUGCUGAACCCAUUAAGUGUAAUUAUGGUGCUCUCAGUGGGAACGGGUAAUUACAUUGGUGGCCCAGUGCCACACUGUGCAGUGUGCCAAGGGCCAGGGGCUUCAGAGCGGCAACUGUUGGCCCUGCCCUUGCAGGGAGGCAGGGGGAGAGGGGUCUGGGCGGGGCAGGCUGCCGGGCCCCACAAAGGAAGGACACACAUGGCCUGGCCUUCCUCCUGCCCUGAUCCCGGGGCCUGUACACCUGAAUAAGCAUGCAGGCCCUGAACCUCCCCAGGCCUUGUCCUUCCCUGACUCCAGUCACAGCACAGCCUCUGCCAGUUUGUGAGAUACCCUUGGCCUCAGAGCUCCUCACAGGUGGGGCCGCAUGGACCCCUGGCCCAGUGCCCACAUGUGGUGGAGCAUGGAGUGGGCACUCACGGCCCUGGGACUGACCUUCAUUUUGGGGAGCAGGGCCCUGCUGCUUUGGUCACCUCGUUGAUCCAUGAGAUACGCGUCCACCUACCCAGCUGGAGGAACACAGGGGAAACGGAGGGGCACCAAGGCUCCAGGUCACACAGCCAGUACAUGCUGCAGCCAAGGAACCUGAGGGUGGAUGCGCUGUCCCUGCCUCAGGCCGCUCAGCGCCGGGCGGGCCGGGGCUGCAGGGCAGGGUGGGGGCUGCAGGACGGGGUGGUCCCCAAGUGGGUAGGUGCAGGGUCUCAACACCAGGUUUCUCAGGCUGUCUACUGACACGCGGUGUUUUCCAAGUGCUGACUUCUCUCUCUUUAAAGGAAAGUCCCCCAUCCACCCCGCACCAGCCCAGAGAAGACCUCUGGGGGCCUCCUGCUCGCGCCCUCGCUCUCUCCAGCACAGGGCAGGACAGGCAGGCAGCCCCACAGAAAGCCCGCCUUGGAGGGUGAGGGUGGGUCGCGGUGGGAGGGGGUUCUUGACAUGGGGGUGGUGUGUGGGGUACAAGGAAUGCCUCCAGGGCCCUCCCAUCUGACGGGCACUUACCUGCAUCCAGGAGUUUGGGUGAAGCCCCAGUCCCCCAGCUGGGGAUCCCCCCCACGCAGCCUAUCCCCCAUCGGGCAGCCCCUGGGUCACCUGCCUGGGGUGUGGGUCCCUUCCUCAUACAUGACACGGCCGGCCCACCACAGGGCUCCCCGAUCUCCUGAUGAGCCAACGGAAGCGAACAUGGGGGUGCACCCCUGUCUGGAGACAGCCACUGAGGGCGUCAUAGCCAAAGUAAUGCCAUGGCCUCUGUGGCGCCACGGUGCCACCUGGUGGCCACUCCCAGAAUGGCUGAGCAUUCUGGGAUCCUGGGUGACUUUCGUUCUGAGGGCCAGCGACCCCACAGGGUGGCCAGGUUCACACAGCACAAGGGGAUGCAGCCCUGGCUGCUGGCCCGGCGCCCUAAAGUCCUGGCUGGAUACCCUCCUGCCAAAGGGAAGACUCUCCUGGACAGGACCCUUCACGGGCUGGCGGCUUCCACUCCCAGGACUAACUUGGGGCGGAGGGUGUCCUCACUCACCUGUCCUUCGUCCAUGUCCCGGCCCCCUUCAUCUGGGCACACAGUAGGGCUGCGGGUCCUCCGGGCCCAGGCACUGAGCUGGGCUCAAGUCCACAUUGCUCAUCGCCCAUCGCUGUGGUCAGGGCGUUCUCCUUCUGCUGGGGUCACGGAGGGUUUCAUGCAGGGCCAGGGGGAGAGGUCUUCAGGGCUGCCCUCAUGAGGUGUCUGUGGUACUUGGGGUCCCAGCUGGACAGUGCUGGUGAGACUGCUAAUUUGAGGGGCUGAUCUCAGUUUAGGGCAUCACAGUUGGGGGAGUCUGGCAGAGGGGCAGUGGCUGGUCUCCCGCCUCCAUCCAGGGUCCUGCUGUAUAUGAGGGGUUGGCAGCAGUGUCCAGAGGCCGGUGUUGGGGGUCUGUCCCUCACUGCCCAGCUGAUGGCCUGGGCACGGGGGCGCGGAUUUUGAGGGACUGUCCCUGUGGCAGCUGUAGGGGGUGCUGGGGGUGGGUUCUGGGGCUCCCCCACCUGCCACAUGGACCCUUAACUCGGCACCUGCCCCACAUGGUUCGAGCACGUCAGCAUGCUGGUCAUCAUGCUCAACUGCGUGACCCUGGGCAUGUUCCGCCCCUGCGAGGACGUCGAGUGCCGCUCGGAGCGCUGCAGCAUCCUGGAGGCGUUUGACGACUUCAUCUUCGCCUUCUUCGCGGUGGAGAUGGUCAUCAAGAUGAUUGCCCUCGGGCUGUUCGGGCAGAAGUGCUACCUGGGCGACACGUGGAACAGGCUGGACUUCUUCAUCGUCAUGGCGGGCAUGAUGGAGUACUCUCUGGAUGGACACAACGUGAGCCUCUCGGCCAUCCGGACAGUGCGUGUGCUGCGGCCCCUCCGUGCCAUCAACCGUGUGCCCAGCAUGAGGAUCCUGGUCACGCUGCUGCUGGACACGCUGCCCAUGCUCGGGAACGUCCUCCUGCUCUGCUUCUUUGUCUUCUUCAUCUUCGGCAUCGUGGGUGUCCAGCUUUGGGCUGGACUGCUGCGCAACCGCUGCUUCCUGGACAGCACCUUCGCCAGGAACAGCAACCUCAGCUUCCUGCGGCCAUACUACCAGCCGGAGGAGGGUGAGGAAAACCCCUUCAUCUGCUCCUCUCGCCGGGACAACGGCAUGCAGAAGUGCUCGCACAUCCCCAGCCGCCGCGAGCUGCGCGUGGAGUGCACGCUGGGCUGGGAGGCCUAUGGGCAGCCACAGGCCGAGGGCGCCGGUGGCACGGGCCACCACACCUGCAUCAACUGGAACCAGUACUACAAUGUGUGCCGCUCAGGCGACUCCAACCCACACAACGGGGCCAUCAGCUUCGACAACAUCGGCUAUGCCUGGAUCGCCAUCUUCCAGGUGAUCACGCUGGAGGGCUGGGUGGACAUCAUGUACUACGUCAUGGACGCUCAUUCCUUCUACAACUUCAUCUACUUCAUUCUGCUCAUCAUUGUGGGUUCCUUCUUCAUGAUCAACCUGUGCCUAGUGGUGAUCGCCACGCAGUUCUCGGAGACGAAGCAGCGGGAGAGCCAGCUGAUGCGGGAGCAGCGGGCCCGCUACCUGUCCAACGACAGCACGCUGGCCAGCUUCUCAGAGCCUGGCAGCUGCUAUGAGGAGCUCCUCCGGUACGUGGGCCACGUGUGCCGCAAGCUGAAGCGCCGUGGCCUCCGCCUCUAUGCCCGCUGGCAGAGCCGCUGGCGCAAGAAGGUGGACCCCAGCGGCGUGCCGCACGGCCAGGGCGCUGGGUGGCGGCCACGGCGGGCGGGAGGGCGCGCCACCUCCAUCCACCAUCUUGUGUACCACCACCACCACCACCACCACCACCACUACCACUUCAGCCAUGGCAGCCCACGCCGGCCAGGCCCCGAGCCAGGCGGCAGUGACACCAGGCUGGUGCGGGCCGGAGCACCUCCCUCGCCCGGACAUGGGCCCCCUGACGCUGAGUCAGUGCACAGCGUGUACCAUGCAGACUGCCACGUGGAGGGGCCACAGGAGAGGGCCCGGGUGGCACAUGCUGUGGCCACCGCCGCCACCGGCCUCAAGCUGGCCACUGGGCUGGGCGCCAUGAACUACCCCACCAUCCUGCCCUCGGCCGCAGGCAGUGGCAAAGGUGGCCCCGGGCCCAAGGGGAAGCGUCCUGGUGGACCCCUGGGAGCCGGGGGGCACAGCCCACUGAGCCUGAGCAGCCCCGACCCCUGCGAGAAGAUCCAGCAUCUGGUCGGGGAGCACGGACUGGGCCAGGCCCCCAGCCGUCUGUCAGGCCUGAGCGUGCCCUGCCCCCUGCCCAGCCCCCAGGCGGGCACGCUGACCUGUGAGCUGAGUAGCUGCCCGUACUGCACCAGCGCCCUGGAGGACCCCGAGCUGGAGUUCAGCGACUCAGACAGUGGAGACUCGGACAGCAACGGGGUCUACGAAUUCACACGGGAUGUGCGGCAUGGAGACCGCCGUGACCCCAUGCAGCCACCCCCAGCGGCGGACACGCCAGACUCAGGAGGAACGCGGCGGAGGGCACAGCGUCGGGCGGUGGCAGGCGAGCAGGGAGGGCUGGGCCGUGUCUGGGCCUCCUUUAGCGGCAAGCUGUGCCGCAUCGUGGACAGCAAGUACUUCAACCGCGGCAUCAUGGUAGCCAUCCUCACCAACACGCUGAGCAUGGGCAUCGAGUACCAUGAGCAGCCUGACGAGCUGACCAACGCCCUGGAGAUCAGCAACAUCGUGUUCACGAGUAUGUUUGCCCUGGAGAUGCUGCUGAAGCUGCUGGCCUUUGGUCCGCUGGGCUACAUCCGGAAUCCCUACAACAUCUUCGAUGGCAUCAUCGUGGUCAUCAGCGUGUGGGAGAUCAUCGGGCAGGCAGAUGGCGGGCUGUCGGUGCUGCGGACCUUCCGGCUGCUGCGGGUGCUCAAGCUGGUGCGCUUCAUGCCCGCGCUGCGGCGCCAGCUGGUGGUGCUCAUGAAGACCAUGGAUAACGUGGCCACUUUCUGCAUGCUGCUCAUGCUGUUCAUCUUCAUCUUCAGCAUCCUCGGAAUGCACCUGUUUGGCUGCAAAUUCAGCCUGAAAACAGACACUGGAGACACGGUCCCUGACAGGAAGAACUUUGACUCCCUGCUGUGGGCCAUCGUCACCGUGUUCCAGAUCCUCACCCAGGAGGACUGGAACGUUGUCCUCUACAACGGCAUGGCCUCCACCUCCUCCUGGGCUGCCCUCUACUUCGUGGCCCUCAUGACCUUUGGCAACUACGUGCUCUUCAACCUGCUGGUGGCCAUCCUUGUGGAGGGCUUCCAGGCGGAGGGUGAUGCCACCAGGUCUGACACAGAUGAAGACAAGACCUCCACCCACUUGGAGGAGGACUUGGACAAGUUCAGAGACCUCAGGGCCACAGAGAUGAAGAUGUACUCGCUGGCGGUGACCCCCAACGGGCACUUGGAGGGCCAGGCCAGCCUACCCCCUCCCCUCAUCAUGCGCACGGCAGCCACACCCAUGCCCACCCCCAAGAGCUCCCCACACCUGGAUGCGGCCCCUGGCCUCCUGGACUCACGACGUGGCAGCAGCAGCUCCGUGGACCCCCAGCUGGGGGACCAGAAGUCUCUGUCCAGCCUCCGCAGCUCGCCCUGCACCCACUGGGGCCCCAACAGCGCCUGGAGCAGCCGGCGCUCCAGCUGGAACAGCCUGGGCCGCGCACCUAGCCUCAAGCGCAGGAGCCAGUGCGGGGAGCGUGAGUCGCUGCUGUCCGGCGAGGGCAAGGGCAGCGGCAGCACAGACGAGGAGGCCGAGGACAGCAGGCCUGGUGUGGGAGCCUCGCCAGACACACGUGCCACACUGCUGCGGCGCACCGAGUCCCUGGACCACCGCAGCACGCUUGACCUGCGGCCCCUGCGGCCGGCUGCCCUGCUGCCCACCAAGCUCCACGACUGCAACGGGCUGGCCCUGCCCAGCGAGUUAUUCCUGCGCAUCGACAGCCACAAGGAGGACACGGCCGAGUUUGACGAUGAUGUGGAGGAUAGCUGCUGCUCCCGGCUGCAGAAAGUGCUGGAGCCCUACAAGCCCGAGUGCUGUCGGAGCCGCGAGCCUUGGGCCCUGUACCUCUUCUCCCCACAGAACAGGCUCCGCAUCUCCUGCCAGAAGAUCAUUGCUCACAAGAUGUUUGAUCACGUCGUCCUGGUCUUCAUCUUCCUCAACUGCAUCACGAUCGCCCUGGAGAGGCCCGACAUUGACCCCGGCAGCACCGAGCGCGUCUUCCUCAGCAUCUCCAACUACAUCUUCACGGCGAUCUUCGUGGCCGAGAUGAUGGUGAAGGUGGUGGCCCUGGGCCUGGUCUCUGGUGAGCAUGCCUACCUGCAGAGCAGCUGGAACAUACUGGAUGGGCUGCUGGUCCUGGUGUCCCUGGUUGACAUCAUCGUGGCCAUGGCGUCGGCCGGUGGUGCCAAGAUCCUGGGCAUCCUGCGUGUGCUGCGCCUGCUGCGGACACUGCGGCCCCUGCGGGUUAUCAGCCGUGCCCCAGGCCUCAAACUGGUGGUGGAGACUCUGAUAUCGUCACUCAGGCCCAUCGGAAACAUUGUCCUCAUCUGCUGUGCCUUCUUCAUCAUCUUCGGCAUCCUAGGGGUGCAGCUCUUCAAGGGGAAGUUUUACUACUGCGAGGGCGCUGACACCAGGAACAUCUCCACUAAAGCCGAGUGCUGGGCUGCGCACUACCGCUGGGUGCGACGCAAGUACAACUUCGACAACCUGGGCCAGGCGCUGAUGUCCCUGUUCGUGCUCUCAUCCAAGGACGGAUGGGUGAACAUCAUGUACGACGGGCUGGACGCCGUGGGCAUAGACCAGCAGCCGGUGCCCAACCACAACCCCUGGAUGCUGCUCUACUUCAUCUCCUUCCUGCUCAUCGUCAGCUUCUUUGUGCUCAACAUGUUCGUGGGCGUCGUGGUGGAGAACUUCCACAAGUGCCGGCAGCACCAGGAGGCCGAGGAGGCGCGGCGGCGGGAAGAGAAGCGGCAGCGGCGCCUGGAGAGGAAACGCAGGAAGGCCCAGCGCCGGCCCUACUAUGCGGACUACUCACCCACGCGUCGCUCCAUCCACUCUCUGUGCACCAGCCACUAUCUGGACCUCUUCAUCACCUUCAUCAUCGGCGUCAACGUCAUCACCAUGUCCAUGGAGCACUAUAACCAGCCCAAGUCUCUGGACGAGGCCCUCAAGUACUGCAAUUAUGUGUUCACCAUCGUCUUCGUCUUUGAGGCCCUGCUGAAGCUGGUGGCGUUUGGGUUCCGGAGGUUUUUCAAGGACAGGUGGAACCAGCUGGACCUGGCCAUCGUCCUGCUGUCCAUCAUGGGCAUCACACUGGAGGAGAUAGAGAUGAACGCGGCGCUGCCCAUCAACCCCACCAUCAUCCGCAUCAUGCGCGUGCUGCGCAUCGCCCGCGUGCUGAAGCUGCUCAAGAUGGCCACGGGUAUGCGGGCCCUGCUGGACACAGUGGUUCAGGCGCUGCCCCAGGUAGGGAACCUCGGCCUGCUUUUCAUGCUCCUGUUUUUUAUCUAUGCUGCCCUGGGAGUGGAGCUGUUUGGGAGGCUCGAGUGCAGUGAGGACAACCCCUGCGAGGGCCUGAGUAGACACGCCACCUUCUCCAACUUUGGCAUGGCUUUCCUCACACUGUUCCGCGUGUCCACGGGGGACAACUGGAACGGGAUCAUGAAGGACACGCUGCGGGAGUGUGCCCGUGAGGACAGGCACUGCCUCAGCUACCUGCCGGCCAUCUCGCCCAUCUACUUCGUCACUUUCGUGCUGGUGGCCCAGUUCGUGCUGGUCAACGUGGUGGUGGCCGUGCUCAUGAAGCACCUGGAGGAGAGCAACAAGGAGGCCCGCGAGGAUGCCGAGCUGGACGCGGAGGUCGAGCUGGAGAUGGCGCAGGGGCCCUCCGCCCGCCCCAGGCCCACGGCCCUGCCGAGCUCAGGUGCCUCGCCGGACGCCCCCAACCUGCUGGUCGUGCGCAAGGUGUCUGUGUCCAGGAUGCUCUCACUGCCAAACGACAGCUACAUGUUCCGGCCCGUGGCACCCGCUGCGGCCGCUCAUCCCCACCCGCUGCAGGAGGUGGAGAUGGAGACCUACGCGGGCGCCUCGGGCACCUCGGGCCCAGUCACCGCCCACUUGCCGCCUGUGGAGUCCUGCCCAUCCCUCCAGGUCCCGUCGGCUAUGUCCUCCCCGGCCAGGGGCGGCGACACCCUCCGUGCCCUGACCCCUCUGGGUGCAGCCCGCUCCCCUAGUCUCAGCCGGCUGCUCUGCACACAGGAGGUAGUCUGCACAGAGUCCCUAGAAGGGCAGGUGGAUGGUCCCAGGGACAGCAGCCUGGGCUGGGGAGAGCCUGGUGGGAAGACCCCAGUGAGGCAGGCGCCCCUGGGGCCCUCCUUGCGAUCCCCACCCUGUUCCCCGCGGCCCACCAGCAUCCGCAUCCGCAAGCACACUUUUGGACGGAACUACAUCUCCAGCCGGCCACCGGUCCUGGGCGCAGAGGAGGCUGAGGCCCCAGACCCAGCUGACGAGGAGGUCAGCCACAUCACCAGCUCUGCCCACAGCCCCUCGGCCUCACCUGCUGCCUGUGGGGUGGUGGGCGGUGAGCCAGACCUGCACAGGCUCUACAAUGUCAAUGCCCAGGGCUUCCUGGACCAGCCAGGCUGGGCGGACGAGCAGAGGCGGCCCUCCGGGGAGCAGGGCUGUGGGGACAGCCGCCCAGAGGCCGGGGAGGUGAAGACCCGGGCCCUGGAGGCCGAGCUGGCCCUGGGGGCACGCAGGAAGAAGAAGAUGAGCCCCCCCUGCAUCUCCAUAGAGCCCCCCGCGGAGGACGAGGGUGCGGCCCGGGCCCCUGCAGCGGAGGGCGGUAGCACCACCCUGCGGCGGAGAACCCCAUCCUGCGAGGCUGUGCCCCACAGGGACCCCCUGGAGCCCACAGACAGUGCAGGGUUGGACACUGCCGCCAAGGGGGAACGGCGGGUCCAGGUCCCCUGCCGCACGGAGCACCUGACCAUCCCGAACUUUGCCUUUGAGCCGCUGGAUGUGGGGGGCCCCAGGGGGGACCUGUUCUUGGAUGGUGGCCAUGGUGUCGCCCCAGAACCCAGACCUUCCUCCUCAGGCAUCACGGCACCUCCCGAACCCCAGCAGACGGAGCCUCCAGUGGCCUCGGGAGACCCCCCAGAGGAAGGGUGGGGGCUGCACCUCACAGUCCCUGAGAGCCCACUGAAGAAGGGGUCCACCCCAGUCCUGGGUGACAGUGUGGACAAGCCCGUGUAGCUCGGGGUGCAGUGCCCACAGGCUUUGGCACUGGGGUUGGGGUGCACCCAGCAGGGUGGUGGCCCAGGCAGGGUUACACGUGGACCCUGGGUCCGGCCCCACUGAAGGCAAAGGUGCCGGAAGGAUGUCAUAACAGGGAGAAGGAGGCAGAUGCAAUUGUGGGCGAAGUGGAGCAGGGGGAGCCCACAGCCCGAAGCCUCAGUUAAAGUUGGGGAUUUCCGAGUCUGCUGCCAUGGUCCCAGGCCGUGCCAGUAGCCUGGUCAGCAGUCCCAUAACGAGAGCUAUGUCCAAGGGACAAGAACCAGAGAACACCAAAAGUAGAAAGGCAGAGGCCACCUAGCAGAGCCCCAUUCUCACAUCCGCUUAUUUUUAUACAUGCUUAGGGCCAUUUAUGCCCUCCAGCUUCAUCCCCAAGGCCACCGUGGUCACGCUUCACGUUGCUCACAGUUUGAGUUCUCAUCCAUUUGUCUCCACUGCUCAUUGCUGUCUCAUCCCCCCUCCAAUACCCACUGCCCACCGUUCUGUCCCCCUCAGGAUUCCGGAGAAUGCCCUUGACUCCGGUCUCUGGGAAACAGCUGGUCACCAGGGAGUGGGGACCAUGCAAUAAGACCCUCACUGCCCGUGGGGCUUGGGCCGAGAGUUUCAGCUGAUGCCCCCUUGUUUCAUUUUGUUUCUGUUAUAAAUUCAGGUUAAACAUUUGCAAUAAUCCGAUGCAGAAAACUCGGCUUCUCAAGCCAAGGGGAGGGGAGGGGGGCAAAGCAGAGUGGAAUAAAUAUUAACUU